ACGAUUUAUUCUGUCAAUAUGCGUGUAUUUUUGGAGAUAUAUAAAUAUAUAUAUAUAGAGAUAGAGAGAGGUGAGAGGGCGCCAGUAGUCGCAUAAGAGCUACUUGAGGAAGUUGAGACGAAAAGGUAAGAUGAUGUCUGGUGGAGUGUUGGAGUGUUUGUGUAGCACAGCUAAAUUAGAACGGGACAAAGGUGUGGUAGAGCUGCAGAAGAGCAUCUCGACCCUCAGCGACACCGAACUGAAUGAACUGCAAGAAGCGAUCGUGGCGCUGUUCCGUCGGGACGACUCGCCUUGGGAGACAAAACAUGGAGCUCUGAAAGGCACCACUGUCAUACUACACAGCAAACGAUCUUCUCGUGAUUUUGUCACUUACAUCAAGGACAACCUUUCGCCGCUGUUGGACGACGAGGAGUUUCGAGUUCGGCUGGCCGCCGGUGAAGCGAUGGGUGCCCUCUGCGAAAGUGUCGGCGUGAAGAUUUACAUCGACGCCAAAGCUGACAUCCUGAAAGGAAUCGCGGACAACCUGGAACGAGAACCGUCGGCUGCUGAUCAAGAAGACAAUGCCAGGCACGACGAAAUUGUACUAUCUUCUCUUACGUCCGGAGGUUCGUCGAAAUCUUUUAGUCUGAGCCGGUGCAACAGCGCCGAGAAGAUUUUCCAUGAUACUGCAGGCUGGAAGUCCUUAGAAACGUGGAUGAAAUGCCUCCAGAAUGUGAUCGCCGAACCCUGGGAAUUUACCGACGGGUGCAUCAACCUGGUCGCCGAGUUGGCUUCUUUGCCGCCCAUGUCAUCGACAGUUACCCAGCUGCUGCCCUUCGUCGCCAAUGCGGCCAGUUUUCGCCACUACACCCAGCAUCUUUACCUCCUGGAGACUGUGUGCAAGAGGUUACCGGCCAUGGCCCACGGAAUAGGGAAGCGGAACUUCAAGAGCCAACUGGAGACGUUCUUUGACUGUGUUUUCUAUGCGCUCACCUGUGAUAGCCCCCUGACUUCGAGUGCUGCCAGCCAGUGUUUGAACGCCCUCGGUAGUUUCCUAGGACCAAGCAUUUUGCGUGGACGUGUCGAGAUCUACAAUCCGAAAUACCUGGAAAUGUUGGAUGCUAACCAGUACAUUGCUCCUUUAUAGGAAAUACACAACUACCAACACACUCACACACACAUACACAAAUAAAUAUAUACAUACACAGACAUGUACACACGGCCACAUACACAGUAUGUGUGGCCGCAAAAUAGUAACUGCUGAUCUUCCUUUGUGCGUUUUUCCCCCUUUCCUGCUACCUGUAUUUACACACACACACAAAUACAAAUACAUACAUAUACACAUGUACACACAUAUAUUUGGUGAUGAAACACACACACACACACAUUCAAGUAUAUAUAUUUAUACACUUAUAUACACGAUUGUUUAGUUAUUAGUUUAAUUGUGACUUUGUUAUUGUUGUUGUUGUCAUAGAACCGUGCCGUGACUUGUCUCCAGGCCUAAACAGGGACCACCCACACACUUCCCACACCCACUUAAAUUUUAUUUAAUGUAUAUAUAUAUUUUUUUUUUAAAUUUUAGUACAUUUUAAGGGCAAGCGAUCCCCCUCCCCUCAAUUCUUGCUUUUUUUUUCUCUACCUAGUUCUGUGUUUCUGAACUUUUGUUUUUUGGGGGUGUCACCUCCGUCUUUCCUUUGUCCAUGUUUUUUUUGUGUGUGUGUGUGUGUUAUAUAUAUAUAUAUAUAUAUAUAUAUAUAUAUAUACAUACAUGCUUGCACAUAACCAUAUACAGCAACCUCAAAAUAGUGCAGACGAGAACAAGUUGUCAAUGUGUGUGUAGUGUGUAGCAUGUAACUUUGCUAAGUAUGACUACCUCAAAAGAAAUUCAUCAAUUCAGUUAUUUGUGGCUUUUGGAAAGUUUAAUGCCUCACCAAAACAAUCCCCUGUCCCCACCUCACUCCUCACACACACACACACACUUACAAACACGUGCACAUACUUCUAAAACAAAAUAGGUAUAAAACUUCCAGUUGAAAAAUAUA